GACGGCGGCGCGGAGGGACGGCUGCAGGGGCGCCGCGCACGCCAGGAGGCUGAGGCUGCUGCUCCCGCUCCGCCGCUCUUGCGCGGUCUUCCUCCCCCCCCCCCGCAAAUCCGGAGCAGAAUCCGCUUCGGGCGGAGUGGGUGGUUCUGUUACAGCCGGGUCCACCGCGGCCGCUCGCUGGUGCUCGGCGGGGAAGGGGACGCUUCUCUUUUCCCCAGCCCGGCUGGCACCGCAUGCGCUUUUGGAGGCCGAUCCCGGGCGCCUCGCCUGCACCGCGGCUGGCCCUCGGAGGCCGCGCUCGCUCUCCAGUGAGCGUGCCCUGGAGCGCGACCCACUUCUCUCCAGCUUCCCUUUAUCUUUCUGGGACUCCGAUCAGCUGGAAGCUGGGGGCGAUUCCAAAGGGGAUCUCUUCGGGCGAAGCCGCAGGCGGGGGUUGGAGCCGGAUCGAGCUCUGGAGCCCCUCGGCUGGCUGGUGUCCUUGGGAUGAGACUGCAUGACUCGGGCACAAGUCUUCUUCAGUCCUUCCCCGGUCAACGUCACCGAGAGAAUCCAGCUGGCUUUUCCUCGUAGGGUGGGACCAUUCUUGAACCGCAAUACUGCCACUGUGUUACCAGCUGUUCUGGCACCUGCUUCUUUCCACUCCUUUUGGCUUCUGGACUCCAAUGUUUUCCUCGGCGGCUGAGAGAGACAAAUGGGGACCUAGGUUUGACUCUCCCCCGUCCACCUCCACUGCUGCCUCCCAGGCCAAUGCGACCGGCCGAAAAAGGAAAGCCAACUUCUCCAACGAUGAGACGGAGACUCUGGUCUGGAAUGUAGUUCGGCACUUUGGUGCCCUGUAUGGGUCCGAAUCUUUCCGGGCUCACCCUGUUCGCCGGAAACAGCUCUGGACACAAAUCCAGAGCCGGGUCAACUUCCUCGGCUACACGGAGCGGUCCAUUGACGAUCUCAAGCACAAAUGGCGGGACUUGAGGUUGGAUGUCAAAAAGAAGAUAACAGCCAAGAAACCCCCACCUGUACACCGGCCGGGGCCUCCCCACAAACCUCGUCUCACCCCGCUGGAGAAGAUGGUGGCCUCCACCUUUCUGCAGCCUACCCAUGAUUCAGAGCCAGAAAUUGUCUUGGACCCGGAGAUCUUCUUCCCAGGAGCAUCUAAGCAGUCCUUUGUCCCUAUGCAGCCAGGAGUCAGCCACCCCAGUAUCUACAUCGAUACCAACGGACAGCCCUCCUCUCUGUCGGACAUGGAAGGCUCCCUGGUGCCUCGUCUGGGAGUCCAGAGUCCUGACCCUUCUAUGAUUUGCGACUACAGUAGAGGCGAAGGGCAGAGCAGUUCAGCCGAGUCGGGACCAGAGCUGCGGACUCCAGAGAUGUCAACCAUUUCUCCCCCACUAAGAAACGAGUCGCUUGUUUCCUAUGCAUCUGAGGAAGAGGAACGGGACGCCCAGGAGAUUGAUGGUGGGAUGGGCUCGCAGCCUGGUCUAGAGUCGCAGCUGUCGGCCGAGGAAGACGUGAAGGUAUCCAGUCGGCAGGCAAAUAUGCACAUCCGGAGGUGCAACUCUCAAGGGUCGGCUGCGUCCUUGCCCGAGGAUGCCCUCAGUCAUGCGGAUGCCCACUCUGACUGGGGCCACGAGGGGGCCUCUGACACCCCAGCGCUGGGUCGGGUCCUCGACCCCUCGCAGCCAGAGGAGGAAGAGGCUGCCAACCAGAGCGCAGAGAUGGGAUCCUUGCCUCGGGUGCUCUUGGGCCCUGCAUGGGAGAAGCAAGAGGAGGAGGAGCAGUCCAGGUCGCCCCUUCACGUCGGGGCCCUCACCGAGGAGUCACUACCUUCCUCUGCGUCACCCCACGAGGACCAAACUCCCACUUCGCAGCCCUUGCCGCGGGGAAUGGGGUGCUCCCGCCUGCGGGAGGGGAGCAGAGACACUUGGAGGACUAAUGUCCAUCACCUGAUGGACAUGGAGAAUCAGUGGGACCAGCUCUAUCACCAGGAGUUAGCCAUGUGGCAAGAGGAGAGAGCCCAGCAACGGGAUGAGCGGGCGCGGGACCGGGAGCUCCAGUUCCGUCUGCUCAGUGUCCUCACCGACAUCCGUGAUGAGCUGCGGUAUUUGAGGCAAGAGAGGGCUACGGCCCGGCAAGAGAGGGCUACGGCCCGGCAGGAGAGUGCUUCCCAAACGGUCGCUCAAGGCACCGUGUCAGCAGCGCCUGCCACCUCUCCUCCGAAAUCUGAGGUUCCGCCUUCAGAGACUUCUCCUGAGCCCACCUGUCUGUUCUUUCCUCUUAAAGCCGAAGGGGGCCUCUCUGGAUCACCCCCAGUUAGUGUUGGCCGGGGAGAAGCAGCUGUGGCUUCUCGAAGCCCUCACGGCAUCUCCCGUCGGGGUAGGGGCCGGCCUCGUGGCUCCACAUCUAAACACAGACGGUUGUUUGUGGCCAACAGCUAGGGGCACAGUGGCAGUUGCUAAAUCCAAAUCCGAUAGACAGUGUGUGUAUGGGGGGGGCACGUAUGUGUGUACAGAGCUCCAGAAUUUCCUCCAUGUGGACGGAGAAGAGAAAGUGUGUACAUGUGUCUACGUGGAAAAUAUAUAUAUGUAUAUAUAUAUAUAUAAAGCUUAUUGCACACUGCGUAAGAAAAGGGUGUUUGGGUAUUGGUGUGGGUGUGAAAAAGAAGCAUGACUGAUGGUGUGUGAAUACUUGAUCCUACAAGAAAGUGAAUGAAUAUGCUGGUGGUGUGAAUGCAGUAGAACGAUUGGUGUGAAUUGUACUUUUGCAACCCACGCUGUUGCAGAAGCAGCUUGUUCUGCAAUGUUACCUGCUUGUAUAAAGAAUGAAAUGUUGCCGGGCAGGAAUAGGACUACCCAAUGUAGAUGGACAGCAGGCAGCUCGGAUCCCACCAGCCGGUGUCACUAUGCUGUACAGGUUUGCGCUGCCUGGGUGUGCAUCCAACGUGCAGCUAGCUCACAACUGAAUACGAUGACGGCCGUAGGCAAGGGCAGGAGGACACACUUGCAUCUAAGUGCCCAUAUAACAGCGAGGAUAUGUGGAGAAGUGCGAAAGGUGUUAGUGUGAGUAGGAUCGGUACUUUGUGGGUCAGUGGGAAUUGCAGAUUCUUAGUUGCUGUGGUUCAAGCAUUUUCUGCAACUCAUGUAAUGCACCAAUUUGCAUAUAUAUACAUAAAACUUUUUUUAAAAAAUACCAAAA